AUGCAGCCAGAGAUCCAAGUCGGCGAUGCCACUGUACUGGUCGACAAAACGGGGGUUUUGACAGAGCCAGCAAGGGAUCUCGCACCUGAUCAGGAUCAAAGCCCUCAAGCUCUUGACAAAUACUUCUCGAAUGGCGCUGCCGAACUCAUGUCACAAUCGAACUUGUUCAUCUUUCGAACUGUACAGCCCUUGUGGCAUAACGACACCUUUGCCAGCGAGUUCAUUCACUACUUCAUGAAUCGAGCUGAAGGCUCGCUACGGCUGACAGACCCAAACACGCCACUCCCCACAUUCGCAGACGUGGAGACGCCAAUGAACCAAGCAUACUCACGACUCUUUGCCAUUUGGCUCGGUGUAAACAGGGAGCUUCUUUUCGUGCCGGCAAACAACACAACAACGCCACAGGUCUCUGGCAUCGUCAUAACACCUGAAGAACGCCUGUUCUUUGUCACUCCCCUAUUCAUCAUCUCGGAGUGUAUCCUCGGCAUCUACGUUAUCGUUUCUCUUAUCGUAUACCUUCGCCGUCCUGGUCGCUACCUCGCGCGCAUGCCUACCAGUCUCGCUGCAGUCAUCGCACUCUUUGCUUCAAGCGCUGCUGUCAAGGAUUUGCGCGGUACAGCUCACAUGACGAACAAGGAGCGCGAGAAAUACCUCGAAGAUUUGGGCUGCAGGUACGGGUACGGCAGCUAUGUAGGCGGUGAGGAUAGUGUUGUACAUGUAGGUAUUGAGAAGAUGCCCUUCGUGCAGUACCUGAAGGAAGUCAGCUUUGUGGGAAGUAUGGCUGGGAAAGGUGUGAAGAGAAAGGGGGAUUCUGCUGCGUCGUCGACGGCAAAUUCGAGUCAUGUGAAUGUUCCAUUGGAUGACUUGGAUACAGAUGGUAGCCGCAGGAGUGUUUCUCCUCUCUCUAACAGUAGAGUAUAA